UGGACCAGCUGGACCAGCAGAUCAGCGAGCUGCAGCUGGAUGUGUGCCGGCCGGCCUGCGAAGCCCUGGACAGCGACAGUAGGCCCAGCUCAGGCUUCUACGAGCUGAGCGACGUGGGCUCCUGCUCCCUGUCCACCUCCUGUGCCUCUGUGUGCAGCGACCGCCUCUCCCCGUCUCUGGGCAGUUGGCUGCCUGUCUUCCAGCCCGCCAAAGCCAGGCCCGGCAUGGGGGACUGGCGGCCCAGGUCUGCAGAUGAGACCACGGUGCCAGCGUGGAGGCCCCAGCUCACCAAAGAAGGCACCAGGCCCCUGGACAGAACUGAGGAUACAGGCCAGCCCUGGGAAGUGUUCCGGCCCAGGCCGGUGUCUACAGGUGACCUUGAGAGAGUGCUCCCAGUCGACCUGGGGCUCCACGGCACUGGCCCAGACAACACCUCUGCCUCCUCCUGCCAGGGGAUAGAUGCCCUGGACCCCACGUACCAGUGUGACCUGGUGGCCAGGGGCGGCCAGGAGGUGUACCUGUACCCCAGCCCUCUGCACGCCGUGGCGCUGCAGAGCCCCCUGUUUGCUCCCACUAAGGAGACCCCGCAACCUGUCAGCCAGUCACCCCCCAAGACACCCCCUUUAAGCUCCCGAAGUCUGAGUAGGACGCAGGCUGGGCCCUCUUACGAGCCGGGCACGGCUGGGGCCUACAUCAACAGGCUGCUGAAUCUGAGGGGCCAAAGGGUCCCCCAGAGGGGUGUUGUGGGGGUACAGGUGCCCCCGAGACGCAGCACACCCCCCUCCCCACAGCAGCUAGCCGGCCAGCCGUCAGGAGGUGGUGGUCGGCCUGAGAAGCCGGGGUGCACCCCAGGAGAGGAUGCGCACAGGAUGGCGCGGGGCAGGGCUGCCGGCAGAGAUGGCCCCGGGCAGCAGGGGCUUGGGUCUCCCACGGACUCCCUCUCCUCCGACAGCCCCCCAGAGGACAGGCCCAAGCCCUGGGGUUGCUCUGUGGACGGGGAGUCCACGGUGGGCCCCUCUGUCUGCACCCAGGCUCGGCAGGGCCAUGGCGACCGAGGCCCCGGCUGUGCCCCAUUGCCCUCCGCGGAGAGGAGCCGUGGGAGCCCUCCUCUGCCUCCGGGGCCUUUGGUCCGCCCAGCCCGCGCUGUGGGUGACGCGUGCCCAGUGCUGCCGGCCAGCCUCCCACAGCCCCAGGCCAUGAGUGUCAGGAUCAGGGCCGGCGACGGGGUGCCGCGGCCCGGGAGGCCGCCGCCGGCACUGCCGGAAAGACACUGGGUCUCCCACGCUGCCCCUGCGCUGCCCCCGGCGUGGGACCCCCCGCACAGACCCCCCGGUGGGGGCCCGCGGAGGAGGCCCAUGCUGGCCAGGGAGGCUCCAGGGCGGUCCUGCUCCGAGUCCACCCUCUACCCCGUGCCCCUCUCCGUCCCCCUGGUGGUGGCCCCGCAGGAAGGUUACCAUGUGGCUUCCCACGCCCUGUUCCUGGGGGAGGCUGCGCCCCUCGGGGCGGCCUCCAGGAGAAAGCAGCGCAGGUGGCGGUCCACGGUGGAGAUCUCAGCCGGGGGCCUCCCUGCCAGCUGCCUGGAGCCCGACACGGGAGCCCCCCGACCCAGGUCCGUCACAAGGAAAGCAAGUGGUCCCGGGGCCCAAAGCAGGCCUGCGCUGGCCCGGCAGGAUGCCUGUGCCAGGGGCGAGUCGGAGCCCUGGGAGCCCUCGGCCGAGGGCGCCCAUCAGCGCCCGUCCACCAUCGCCGAGACCAGCGAGGAGGAGGAGGAGGAGGAGGAGGCGGCCAGUGACCACACCACCAACUGCUUUGGGGACCAGGAGUCCAGCAGCAGCGAUGUGGACUGCUGCGUCCAGAGCAGCAGCAGCAGCAGCCCCCCAGCCGGCGGGGCCGGGGCCCUGUGCGGGCGACCGGCCUGGCCUGGGGAGGCCCCCCUGCCCCUCCCGAAGGCCUGGAGGGGGGCCAGGCCGCCCCUGCCCCCCAUGCCCAAGCUGUGCCGCAUCAAGGCCUCCAAGGCCCUGAAGAAAAAGAUCCGCAGGUUCCAGCCCACAGCCCUGAAGGUCAUGACCAUGGUGUGAGCAGCGCGCCUGAC